CACGGUCUGCGCCACUUCUUCAUGGUCUGGUUGACCGUGAUCUUCUGACCUCUACCAUGAACUACUGCUGAUUGCUCCCUUUUGAUCGGUUUUCGCCCCUUUUCAUCCAACUUUCGUUCCAUGGGUUGAUUUCACCUGCUAGGAUCUGAAACAUACUAAAAACAACCACAACCUAGCAUAAAACCGAAUCUCGCGGAGUAAAAGUGCCUCAAACAUCUAAGGAAAAUGGAGGUAAAAUGAGUACAAUUAGACUCGAAUCAGUUGAUGUGGAAUCUAUCUGCAGGGCAACCCUUUGAUGUCCUAGCUGCUACGCCAAUUAGAGAUCUUCAAUGGCCCCACGGAGUUCCACGAGAGUGAUGGAACAACUUUCCAAAUAGGCGGUGAAAGCCACCAACAAGCGACCUUGCCAAUCUCACACCGCUCCCCCUGCUGAUGCAUGUCAGGUCAUGCAAUGGUAUGAAUGAUCCAUCUAAUUAACUAUGACCAAAUCAUGUGGCACUGGUCUCCUUCCCACGUCUCCAUCUAUAUGUGACACCACAAUCCGUAGUUCUAAAUGUCGUGCUCUAAUGUUGGCAUCAGUUGAGAUUUUAUUCUAGGCAAUGACCCUUUGGCUUAUCUUGUUGGGAACCUCCACCGCCCCAAGAAGAUGUCAUGAGUUCGGGCUCUCUAGAGUAACCAAUAUGCUACCCCAAAAUUGACCUACAUGGACGCUAUAGAAAUAUGAAGUGUAAACCAGUUGAAAAAGGGUACAUGGAAGAAAUAUGUGACGUCUAGCUUGGCAAUGAUGACUAGAGGUGGGCAACGGGACGGGAUUGUGUACCCGUCCCGUUUGAAACGGGUACCCAAUCCCAUUUGGAGAGUAAACUCCAUCCCAUAUCCCAAACCCGUACGGAUAACGGGUACCCAUUACCCAUACGGGGACGGAGAACGGGUACCCGCGGGUAACCCAUAAAAACUUGUCCCCAUAAAAACUUGUGAUAAUCUAUCACACAUCAAUGCAUUGGCCGAUUCUAGAGCCUCCAAAUCAGAAGGCAGUGGAUGUGUAUUAGAGAUUUAAAAUAUGCCAUGACAAAAUAGGUAACACAGGAACCCUCCUAUAAGCUUUUACCUUGUGAUCUUUGAAUUCAACAUUGUUGGGCGGGUAGUACGGUAAUAACCAAAUGGUAAUAACGGGUAACCCGGGGGGUUCCCAUUUCAUAACUUCUUGAUCUCAAGUCCCAUCUCGUAAAAAUUUUAUGGGUAUUUGGCUUCCCGUGACCCUAAAAAAAGGGACGGGUAUGGGUUUUCCCAAAUACUCGUUUCCCAUUGUCCACCCCUAACGAUGACAAUGGUCCAGGUUGGUGAGUAUGUGAUUUCGUCUCUCUAUGUUAGUUAGGGUGCCCAUGCCUAGUGAGCCAUAGGAAAUGGCAAAUGCAAUAGAGUAUGGCCACUUCAAAAUUCGCUUCCACGCUAUUGGUUCUGCUGCUUCCGCUUGCUCCACCAUGAUGCCAUAGGAUGUUCGUAACAAAAACCAUACAUUGAAGAUUAGACCAUCCUCUCCAAGCUUCUCAUUUGGCAUUGACAUCUCAUAACCUGCAUACAGAAAUCGUUAGGUAAAAACCGAGACAGGGCAUGCAGUGCCGGCUCACCAUUGUCGAUCACAAAAUCUACAACAUGUUUGUCUUGGAUGUGUGCGGGGAGCUCCUACGUCACCCAAUCUUCCAACCGAUCGAACUCCACUGUCUAUCCAUAUAGAGUCUUAGAAGCUAGUAGAUCGACCAUCUCAGACACUCCAUGCAAUCUCUCAAACAGUGCCUGCCACGCCCCUCUAAUGCCUCACCAUAAGAUGAAACGCCUUGUCUUAAGUUGCGUUAUGACCACCACCCCCUCGGUGUGGAGGUACUUCUUAAGCAUCACCUUCACCCAGAGCUCAUCGGUAUUCUUGAGCACCCCCAAUCCAACUUCAUCAUGUGAGCUUUGUUCAUUCCUUCGCACGCCGGAGACCUAUAUCCUCUGCUCAUUAGGCUUGUUGACAUCCUCUCAAGCCACUAAGGUCAUCUUGCACUAAUCGUCCUCUGUGCCUCGAACAAAGGAGCAUAUCUUCUUGUCAUUCUCAUCACACACAAACACCAAAAUCACUAUUGUAUGCACAAUAUUUGAAGAGAUAGCAUACAAAAUUGAAAAAGUGCGACUUACCCUCCUAGAAAGCUAUAACACUUUGAUCUUCCAUCCUGCGAGCCUCUGAUCAAUUAUAUCCAACACAUACUUAUAGGUUGCCUUCGUGACUAUCCAUGUACCACAGACACCCUAGGUUAUUUCCAAGGACCUGAGUCAUUAGGAUGCUAAAGGCCGCACUAACCUCCUGCAUCAAGUACGACUUGUGUUAUUGGAUAAGGAAAUCAUACACUUUUCUCGGCUAGUCAACUGGCCCGAGGCCUCACAGAAUCAAUCUAGUUAAUCUUGAACUACUGCGACUUGGGCACUGAUGGCUCCACAAAUAAAAUCAAACUGUCAAUAAAAAGAUGUGAGAAAGUGGAGUGUCUCCUCAAUCUAGAAUGAUCGGCUUCCAAGCUUCGCUAUUGCCUGCGUCCUUAAUGGUUUAGCUCAAUUGUCAAUGCAGAAAGUGAACAAAUACGUGACAAUGGACAAUCCUAUCGAAUAUCCUUAGACGGAACGAAAACUUAUGUUUCCAUGUCGUCCCAAAGCACAUGGAAUGAAGACCUUGAAACACAGCUCAUAACCUCAUCUACAAAGCCUUCAGGGAGACCCGUAGCAUACAAAGUCUCUGUAUGAAGUAACAUGAUACCUUAGUAGCGGGACUAGAUAGAUCCUUCAAACAACUCAAUUAAUCUCAUUUAUGCAUAAUCGUUCUUCAUUCAACUCAACGAAUUUGUUGAAUCGGACAUUGUAAACUUGUGAGACAACAAAUCAACAGUAUAAUUUAUAGCUGAAAAGUAAAACUGCACCCCCCAUUCAAAAUUUCCUGCCCAUAGAGUGAUUUUAGGAAGCUGAUGUGGCAGAGUGUUAAGCGGGAAAAAAAAGGAGUCCCGCCUGAUUUCAGAACCAAAAAACUCUCCACUACCCACUUUUUUCUCCUUCCAGGCCCACAUUCUCAUUUAAUUUGUAUAAAAAACUCUACACUACCCACUUUUUUCUCCUUCCAGGCCCACGUUCUCAUUUAAUUUGUAUUUUUUAUUUCCGAUUUCCCUUCCUUCCACUCUUUCACCUCAUUCGAAUAAGUUUCUUGGCCUUCAGAAAACCAAACCUUGACUCAAUCAUCUGGUUCUUUUAUGUGCUUGCAUCUACCUUUGAUUUCCGUUCUCUAAGCGUUAGAUCGGUAUUGGUUUUGCCGUAAGUUAUUCUUCCUCUUUCAGAUUUCUGUUUGUUGUUGUCGCUGCUUUUAAGUUUUAGGGAUUCGGGUUCUGGGUUUUUUUUUCAGGGAUUCGGUUGCAAAGAUUCAUCUCCCUUACCUUUGGUUCAUUCCGUUUUCUUUAUUCUCUCUUACCUUCCUCGCUUCAUUCUGUUGAUUGGAUUCUCUAGAGAUCAAAAGGGGAUUUUUUAUUUUUCCCUUUCUCUUGAAAGUAACAAAGCUGCUUACUUUAAAUUCCACUUCGCUUAGACUGUCUUCCAGAGAGCAGCCGACUGCCGAUUUUGAGCUGAGUUUUUCCGAGCCGCAGAGAAAGAAGAGGAAAGAAAGAGACGUUCGGCGGCGGCAGCCAGGUACUUCGUCCGGGUCGUUUUCCGGGUCAGUAAACCGAAGGGCCGGCUAUAAACUACCGCUGGCCUGGCGGGGGAAAAGGAAAGCGUAAACCAUAAGGCCUCGGGGAUCCAUUUCUCUCGCCAGCCCAUACUUCAGAGGCCCAGCCUACUUGAGUCCAGAACCAGCCCAUCGCCGACGAAAUUUGGUGCGCCGUCCCCCACCCGCCACCACGUAUGAGACAUAAUCAAUUUACUUUCUGAUGUUAACUCUGUUGCAGGUAAAUGUCGAAAUCCAACUUGAUCAGUAAGGUUUUCUCUCAUAUGUUUCUAGGUUAAUUAAUCUAAUGGGACUGG